AUGGGGCGGAAGUGGAACGAGCUGCUGUCGUCGGCUCCAUGGAGGACGGGGGAGGCGACAGAGGACGAGGACGCGGCAAGGAUGAGCCAAGAUGGGAAGGUCAGCGUCACCAGCAACCCCGAGGAGAUGCCCACCAUGAGCGUGCCCCGGAGCAGACGCCCAGACCUCGCCCUCACCAUCGACGACUUCGAGGAGGACGAGAUCGACCCCGAGCUGCGCUACUCCUUCCAGCGGAACAGCAGGGUACCGUCACCGAUAACAGCAUUAGCACUUUGUAAAAUUGCAGUUGCUGAAGGAUAG